AUGGCGACCGCAGGUGGUGGACCAGACGUCACGCCCUACGAGGCCAAUCUGAACAACAUCGUCCAGUGCAAGGACUGCGAUAGACCCACUGCUCUGUUUGAAGAGUCUUCGUCCGGAGACCUUGUCUGCUCUGAGUGCGGUCUCGUCGUGGGCGAUCGCAUCGUCGACACCCGCUCCGAGUGGCGUACGUUCGCCAACGACGAGGGAGGUGACGACCCGUCGCGUGUCGGUGACGCCGGCGACCCCAUUUGGAACGACGGCUCGCUCGAGACCAAGAUCGACACCAGCCGUGGCCAAAAUGCCAGCGGCAGGAUCAUCGGGCGUCUCAACAACGCCAACAAGAAGACACAGAAUGACCGCGGCCAGGCAGGGCUUCAAGCGAGCUUUGCCAAGAUCAGCGAGCAUGUCGACAAACUCCAGGGCGGCAAGCCCGUCCUAGACUACGCACGCCAUCUUUUCAAGAUGGUUGACGACGCCAAGUUCCUCAAAGGAAAGUCGCCCGAGGCCGUCAUCGCCGGCUGCAUCUUCAUUGCCUGCCGAGCAAACAACGUCGGCCGGACGUUCCGAGAGAUCCAUGCACUCACCUCGGUUUCCAAGAAGGAGAUUGGCAGGGUCUACAAGAGCCUCGAGGACUUCGUCAAGCGCAACCCCGAGGCAACCAAGAACGGACUAAACGCUCACGCCGACGAGGAUGCCAAAGGCCCCACCCCCGCCGAAGAGCUGUGCAUCCGCUACUGCGCGAGCCUCGGCUUCAAGUCCACCUACACGGCCGAGAAGAUCUCGAGGCGUCUGGCAGAGAGGAGCUCCUCGGUUGCCGACCUCGCUGGUCGGUCGCCCCUGUCGGUGGCGGCUGCCUGUAUUUACAUGGCGUCCUUCCUCAUCGCGGAUCCUAAGACAACCAAGGAGAUUGCGCAAACCGCCGGUGUCAGCGAUGGCACAAUCAAGACGGCCUAUCGAUUCCUUUUGCAGGCCAAGGACCAGCUGGUCGACGAGGCGGGCUGGGGUCUUCCCAAGGAGGGCGGGAUCAAGAACCUUCCCCCGAACUAG